GAUAUUUUUCAGUGAAAAUCUAAGGAUCCCUCUCUGUGACUGAUCAACUCGCCUCCAUAGUACUGCAGGUUGAAAAAUCCAUGGCGUUCAAACCCUACAAGAGAACUACCUUAAAUAGUCGACCGAUAAUGGGAAACAGCAACCUUCUUAUAAGUACCAUUGAUCAAUCCAUCAUUAGGGAUCAUUUAAAUUCUGUUCCAAAUAAGCGUCAGGUAGUAGCUUUAAUUAACAGUGCUGAUAAUAACCAUGUUACUACUGCGCAUCAACAAUCCAAGUUUUCAAAUGUGUCUUCAUCGAAAGCCAUUCGAGAUAUCGAUCUCAAUUCCAUACCUGUUAAUGACGAUGAUGUAUCAGACUCUUCAGCAUUAACUCCUCCUCGUUCACUUGAAACGGUUUUGAAAAACAGUAGUGGCCCAGAAACAAAAAGGCUUAAACUGAACAGUGCAGGGUGGAGAGCUAGGAGUAGUCACAAUAACCAUUACCCUGCCUUGAACAACAACAACAUCAACAAUGUUCGAUACUUUGGGUUGGCUAAUGGAGCGACAAACACAAGAGGUGGAGGAGGUGGAGGUGGUCUUUCCUUAUUAUCAAACUCUAUGAUGCGCAACCAUUUCUCGGACCCUGCAUCAGUUGAAAACUUUUUUCUCAUGAAUUACCCAAAUAGAUCUAUAAUGAGUUCAGUAGCGAUUUUUGGAGUAACAGUGUCUGGUCCCAAUCCUCCAAGUGCUCCAAAGCUGUGCCAAUGGUGCUUUACGACUUAUACCCCAUUGUGGCGAAAUGGACCUCACGGGUUGAAGACUCUGUGCAAUGCUUGUGGGAUUAGGUUUUUCAAGGAACAGAAGAAGGUUAAAGCUGGAGUCAUCAAAAAUAUUCAUGGAGAUAGGAUUUAGUUCAGUAUCAGGAAUUUAAUAAAGCUCAAGUUGAUUUUGGUGUUCUUUAUUGAGUUUAAUCUGAAGAUUUAGUCUUCAACAGAUGUUUCUAAUAUCCAUGUGAGUUGAAAUUCCAUCAAUCUGUAGUUUAAUCUGAAGAUUUAGUUGAUAAGUUCCCAAUAAUCUAUCUUUUGUUUCGUUCUUAGUUAUUAAUCUGUUUGGUUAUAUGCAUAAUGCGUUGAAUGACUGAAUGAUUUUCUGCCCAACAUAUGUUGUUGAUUCAGCUAAGUUAGCUUAA